GAUAUAAACAGAGAACCGCGCAUGGAAUGACAAUUUGAGAGGCAACCAACAAUGCUACACAGUAAUUCAACAUUUAUUGGCUGGCAUAUGGUUUUCGAAUUCACUGUUUUCGCAUUGAACACCAGUCGCACGGUAAGCGCAGAGCGAACAAAAGCGUAUAAAAAAUGCUCAAGUUUGUAAGUUUUUUACAUUUACAAAAUCGUCACGAGAAGCAUUCCAAAAUCAAGAACACCAAUUCGAUUGAGCCAAAUCGUAACGAAAAUCACAACAACAACAUUGCACAACAUAAAACCUUUGGCAACUUUUUGCAUCACAAAAACAACAACGCCAGAACCUCGAAGGAGAAGUCAUCACUUGUAAGCUAUUUGAAAUUCGUAGAUGAGCAGCAUGCCCAGGAUAUUCGUGAUGCUGCCACUACAGGUGCUGCUGCUGCUACUGCUACGACAACACAGUGCUGCAGCCACGCCGACGCCGGGAAAUUUCGCCGAUGCAGCGGAAACGAUCGAUGUGCCACCGGAACAUCGUGCGCCACCGCCCGGUGCUGCUGCUGCUGCACCUGCGCCACCGGGUGUUGUUGCUCAUCUGCCCGGAUUUGGACCACGUCCGCCGUUGCUGGCUGCUGCUGCACCACUCCCACGCGGCGCGUUCCCUUCUGUCGUCUUUCAACCGGCAUUUGCCCCAUUCGCCAGCAACUACAAUGGGUUCACGGUGCAGCAUAUAUCGGCGGCAAUGUAUCCGCGCUUAAUUGCACCGACUGUUGCCUACCGGAGUGUCUAACGGACGAGAACGACGGCAGCGACAGCGUUGUGGUGCCAGCACACAAACAAUCAUCCCUCCCCGCUACAUGUCGACCCAAAACUUCAUCCUCGCUUAACUGCAACAACACCUGCUUGGAGUGCUCUUCGCAGGCCACAGCGCAGCAGCCUUCAUCAAAACUAACAACAACAACACCAUCAUCCAUUCUGCUGCCAUUAACUGGAUUUCAAAUGAAGUUACAACACCUCACUGGCGCCGCCACAAAUUGUUGCUGAGCUGCUGAGAGUUUACUUGGAUCUUGUUUCGCAGCUAAUUAUCAAUUAAAAUUAUAUCAAAUUACUUGUUAUUGUUGUUGCCAAGUGUUUUUGUGCUCAUUCGAGUGUUAUCGUACAUACAUAUAAUUAUUUACUGUGUAUUUAAGUUUCCAAUUUUCAUGCCUGCGAAUUUAAUAGACUCAUUUUACUCGGAAUUCGCAAAUUUCCUACAAAUGACUAUACGUUAAAAAUAUAUCUACAUUAGACCGCAUCACACUUCCCAUACAAAAAAAAAA